UCACUUAUAUUCAACAAUUCACCCCCCUCUCUAGCGUCGGGCCUAUAUUCUAACAAUUGGCAUCGGAGCCAUACUCUCUGAAAGACUUAACCGUUUUAGAGAAAUGAUCAAUGGCUUUUACUCAAAACUUAUACGCAGGUUUAGGCGAAGGACAAUCCACCACGAGGCCUCUGUUGUUUGGUGGAACGAACUACACAUAUUGGAAGGAGCGGAUGAGGAUUUACAUCCAAUCCACCAACUUUCUCCUGUGGAGAAUCAUCAAGAACGGCGAAGAUGUGCCCAUGAAGAAGGAGAAUGAGAAAAUCGAUGAGAUGUUUGAUCGACUCUCAAAAAUCGUCAUUGACCUCCACGCUCUCAAAAAGACGUACACGGACAAGGAGCUUGUAAGAAAAAUCCUGCGGAGUCUCACAUCGGAAUGGGGCUCCAAAGCCGAUGCCAUCCAAGAAUCCAUCGGCAUCACCAACGUCACCAUCGACGCGCUUAGAGGUAACCUCAAAACCUAUGAGUCUACCAUUCUUUUGCCCUCUUUAGGUGAACAAAAGAAGAAGGGAAUUGCACUCAAGGCUUCCACAAGCCAAGAACCUGCCAUAGAGGAAUCGAGCAACGAAGACAACAAGUUCGAGCUCAUUAUCAAGAAAUUCUACAAGUUCAUGCGGAAGGAGUAUGAACAGAAGAGCAAGAAGCAAGGAGGACCACCCAAAUGGGUGUGGAGGAAUUGGGCAUAUCAAGCCAAAAUGCUCAAACGCCAAGAAUGAGAAAGAGAAGAAGCCGUUCAAACAGCUGUUAGAUUAACGUCCCAACGCUAGAGGGGGGGGGUGAAUAGCAUUUGAAACGAAAAUGACGCAGGAAUAAAAAAUUAAAAGCGUAAAGAUCACUCAUGCCAAAAUAAAUUAAUCUUCUGCUCUCUUAUGCAUAAGCCUGACUUCAGUUUAUAAAAAAGCUUUACCAUCUUUUCUUGUGUUAUUAUCUUUGUUCGACACCUGCAAAGUCCAAAAAACUUUGAAUUAAAUCUCUAUCAUAUAAGAAUUAUGCAAAAAAAAAAAAUGAUACCUAAGUAUAAACAGACAGAUGCCAAAAGUGAUUAUCCUCUUCACUAUAAGUUUCAUCUCUAUCAUGCAUAGUAAAGUCGUUUGGAGAUCCGCCUUCGUUUUCAAGCAAGUGCUGAUACUCUUCAAAGGUACGCUUUGAACGAAACAUUACUUCCUCAAAUUAGAUCUGUGCAGCAUAAACCGUUAGAUUCAAGGCAUAUCAUGUAAUAUACAUUCUACAAGCAUAAAACUAAAUCAAAAGUUCAUAUCAUUAAAAAAUAAAUACAAAUACAGACUAGAAGCCAUUCUCUUUUACCACUGCAUUGCACAGUUGCUUUCGUGUAAGCAAACGUCUUUAUGGCCAAUCAAAGCUGGACUGCCGUUCAACAUUUAAGCCUUCCUUGAAGAAGAUAUGCAGUCUUUAGCUCUUCUGCUUCAUUUGAUAAAGGUUGUCUUUUUUCACAGACUUGUUCUUAACGAACUCUUAUAUAACUAU